AUGCCUGGACAACUAAGGGCGGCCGCAAGGUUCAUUAGGCAGACGCCCUUGGAUUCUGAGGCUGCUGAGCACGAGUAUGAAACUAUUGAGGAUUGCUUGCCCAGCCAAGGUGGCGGCACGUACUCGAUCAGUGGCGACAACCACAAUUAUUGUCUGCCGAUUCUGCUCUGCAUUGUGGUGCAACCCAACGUCGUCGCAACUUAA